AUGAUAUCGACGGCGGAAGCAAUAGAGAAGGAAAAGAAAAUCAGCCUGAUGGACCUACCAACCGAACUGCACCUCCAGAUCGCGAGCUACUUGACCUACCCCGACGCGCUGAGCUUGAAACAUACCAGUCGCCAUUUCUAUGGGUUCGUGUAUACGGGGGUGAAUCUGAAGGUGGAGUGGUUGAUUAAGAGAAGGAUUCUGCAUCUGGAUUGUCCGCAUGAUAGGGGAUGUGAGUUGGGGAGUGAUAUGAGGUUUUGUAGGGGGAGUGUUAGGUUGUUGAUGAAGAGGAGAAGAGAACAUGGAGAGUGUGAGACGAGGGAAGGUGGGAGAGGGUGUUUGGUGUUUGAGACGAAAGUCUGUACGUAUAGGAAGGAGAGGAUGGGGAGGUUUGAAGUGUUUAGGGAGUGGAUGACGAGUUCGAAGAAACGAAGAGAGGUUCUCUGGUGGAUUCUGGUGACGAUUAUGGGUAUUGUCCUUGCCGGAGGUCUGAUGUUGAUGAGAAAUUGGUUGGGAGUGGGAGAGAUAAUAUGA